GCAUCGUGGAAGAUUACUCAUCAAUUCAUAUAUAGCGGAGUUUCGGCGGUUCGGGCUUUCUUGAAUGUUGAAGAAUUACUGUAGAACAGGCGACGGUAACUACAGCGCAUGGCUAUCACUAUGUCUACUCUUACAAAAGCAAACAAGUAUCCCAUUUUGCCGGGACUGCGCUGUUUUGGACGGCAUUGUACGCUUCUGUCAGCCUCUUGCGUUGAGAUUCUAGUCGGCCUUAUCAGCUAGAACAACUUCUACGUUUGUUGUUGGUCGCAGCAAGAGCCAAACCAGCACUAUGGCUACCUUUGAACAUGUUCAAGACGUCAUCGGCCAACUGCCGAUUCUCAAAAGCUACAGCCAUAUAUUGAUUUGCUUCGCUGUCUCCGAUGAGAAGCGUGAGGCGGCCAUUCAGCACAUCGAGCGUGCCGUUCGCCUCGUGAUGAAGACCUUUCCCUAUCUCUCUGGGAAAGUGAUCAACGAGGGGAGUGGCUCUGGAAGCUCCGGCACAUUCAAAGUCGCAAGCUCUGGAGAAUGGGAGUCCUCGGAGCAUGUCUUCGUCCGGGUUGAAGACCGCACUGAUGUGUGUCCGUCGUAUGAUGAACUUUGUGCUGCCCAUGGGCCGUCGUCCUUGUUACCUGGGCAUCUGUUGAGCGCGCGAAAGGGAUUCCCGGAAAGCUACCAGGAAACGGAAGACGAUCCGGCUCCUGUUCUUGACUUCCAGGCCAACAUCGUCCGUGGUGGACUCUUGCUCGACCUGGCCGCCCAGCACAACAUCAUCGACGGUACCGGAAUCUUCCAGAUCGUGAACUUGCUGGCUACAGCUUUACGCGGGGACAAGUUCCCUCUGUUCCAGAUCCAUGAAGGAAACCGUGACCGUCGCUCUCUGAUUCGAUUGCUCGGGCCGGAUGAGCCUCUCCUCGACCAUAGCGAGCUCAAACCGCCUGUCAUCAUCAAGGCGCCUCCCCCACCAGAGGUAUUGGCUCCUUAUAAAUGGCGAUACUAUCGCUUCCCACUGGACUCAGUGAACAAAAUCAGAGAAUUGGCCAACAACAAACCAGAGGAUUUCGACCCCUCCACGACCUCCAUCUCCCUAAACGACGCGAUCACCGCGUUCUGCUGGCAACGGAUCACGACUAUCCGACUGAAAAGGCUGGAAACACCGACCGCAUAUUCGAAGCUCAGUCGAGCCGUCGACUUCCGACGCGUCAUGAAGCUCACGCCAGCCUAUCUCGGUCACAUGGUCCGUAUCUGCAAUACGCGACUUACCUUCCAAGAGAUUGUCAACAGUUCCCUGUCGCGACUUGCCUCGCUGCUUCGCAAGGCCGUGCAAGAGAUCAGCAAAGAAUACGCCCUGCGCAGCUACGUCACCUUCAUUGCGAAUGAACCGGACAAAUCGGACAUCGCCUACGGCGGGUCGUUUAAUCCGCAGACGGACUUUUCUUGCUCGUCUAUCGCGCAUGUCAAGGUCCCUGAUUUUGGGCCGCUUGGGACACCAGGGUUGAUCAGAAGACCGACAUUUGGGCCUUUGCCUUGUUCGUCGUAUGUUGCGCCGAUGCUACAUGGAGAGGGUAUGGAGGCACUGGUAUGUUUGCAUGAGAAUGAUAUUGAGGCGUUGGCAGCGGAUGAGAGCUGGAAGGAGUUGGUGGAAUAUGUUGGGUAGCUUUCUUGAUGGUCUCCACGUAAGAUAGCG